GCCUCCGAAACCCCUCACUCAGCAUCAACCUAUUAACACCGCGCGUCACUCCGUGCUCACAGAUGUCCGUUCCCUAUGGAUCCACUAUCUACAAGCAUCUUAAACGUCGGGCUCUGUUACGUUACGGAGACGAAGCUUCCGAAUACAAUCAGGGCAGCGCUCAGUCAGGAUCUUAUUACGAAUCUCAAGGUCCUCUCGCUCAAAGCCCUCUUGAGCAACGACCAGCGGAUCCACAGACUUCACAAGAUGAUGGAGCGACCUCAUAUGCCCGUUCGUAG